AUGGGUCAACCUGGACAAGCAGCUCCUGCAAUGCGGCAGAUGUAUGCACCGCCUCCAGGAAUGAUGAAUUCUCAAGUCCCUGGACAACCCAUGUAUAGCCAUCCAUCGCAAAUGCAGCAAGCUCAUAUGGUGCAACAACAACAGUUCCAAUAUUAUAUGUCUCGAUUCCCACCUCAAUGGCAACAAGAUAUCCACAUGGAACAGAGCCAAGAGAGGAAAAAACAUAUAUUUGGACAGUAUGUACGGAAGUUCAACAAUAUGCAACAACAACAGCAGUCAAAAAUGGUCUCUAACGGCCAGGGCGGUAUGCUGCAUCAACCAAUGAUGGGACAAGGCCCAGUUAUGGUCGGUCCGGCUGGUCAGCGGCCAGGUGGUUCAGGCAUGUACACGCAACCGCAAGCCGGGGCUGUGAUGUCGAGUACCGCUGGUCCGAUGCCUGGCGCUUCCGGAGUACCUGGCGGUACUGCUUCCGUGCCUAUGCCCCAACAACAAAUGAUGCAAAACCAUUUGAGUAGUGGUCCAACUUCGGUGCCACAGCAGAUGAUGACUGGCGCAGGAAUGGGACCACAGUCCUCAGUGGCUUCUGGCGCUAGUCCUCAGGUGCAUUCUAACUUCCCUAGCAGUCAUCAAAUGGCUGUAGGAUCUCCUCAUAUGGCAGGAAUCGGCUCUGCACCCGCUGGUAUAGCGAACUCUCCAGCAACGUGUAUUCAGCCGUCUACACCUCAAAAUCCCUCCUCUGUACAACCUGGCAGUGUCGGACCCGGAAGCCAACAGCCUUCAUCCGUUCCCAGUCAGGAAGAGAACACCAAAGAAUACAACGAUCUGGUCGAUAACUUAAGAGAAAAAUAUUAUGAAAAGCUAAAGCGUAUAGGAGAUCGUUGUGACUUGGACAACAGCCCUAAACCGACUGGGUUCGAUCGGUUGAUGGAGAUUCUAGAUCGAAAACGAAGAGUCUCGCAGUCAUUAUUAGAGAAAAUUGUUGGAAACGUUCGCACCAUAGUGGAACGUUCAAGUCUUACGUACCCAGUGAUCGAGACAAUGCACCAAAUUGAAGCCGAUGGUCAAUCCUCGAUCUUUGUAAAUAACGAUGAUUUCCGCGCUGGACCGCAACAAGCUCCUCAAGCAGCUUUGGAUCCGUGGCGAUCUGUUCGGCAUAUGAUGAUCAAAGUUCCUGAACAUCUAGCAAACUUGGGUAAUUCCGAUGAUGAAUCGGAGGAUAGUGGUGCAGUAAAAUCAUCUACCGCCGUUAGUGCUUCACUAAAACGUUCGGCACCAUCUGAUUUCAGUGAUUCGGGAAUUGAAGCAAAAGUGGAGAAAUUUGGUAGAUGGUUUUAA